GAGGGAGCCCGAGCAGCGGCCCGGCCGGCGGGGGCGCGGGGCCCGGUGACACAACGCCUCCCGCCUCUGCCCGACCUGGGUCGCGCGGUGUGCACUGCCCUGCAGAGCAUUUGAAGACCGGGACCAAGUUAUGCUUCAUCUGACAGCGAGCUGGGGGAUCUUCGAGGGCCAUCAACAUGUCUCUGUGCCACUGUGCCGUGAAGCACAGCAAGUCGGACAUGGAGGGCUGCUGCUUCUCGUCGGGCAGCGGCCUGAAGGUGUGCCUGCACUGGAGCCGCGAGGAGGAGCAGGAGCGGUGCCAGACCUACGUGCAGGGUGCGCUGAGCGCGGAAGAAAUCUGCAUCGAUAUCGCGCGGAAGAUUGGCAUCACACCGCUGUGCUACAGCCUCUUUGCGCUCUAUGACACCCAGAGCAGAAUCUGGUUCCCACCCAACCACAUAUUCAAAAUCAGCAAAGACACCAACCUGAACCUGCUCUUCCGCAUGAGGUACUACUUUCGGAACUGGCACGGGAUGAACGACAAGGAGCCGGCGGUUUAUCGCAACGUGCCCCGGCAGAGCGACUCCCCUGACGAGAAGUUGCAAGGGGGAGCCUUGCUAGACAAGUCGUCCUUCGAGUAUCUGUUUGAGCAGGGGAAAUUUGAAUUCAUCAAUGAUGUUGCAUCUUUGAAAGACCUCCAGACUGAACAGGAGAUCCAAAGGUUCAAGAACGAAAGCUUAGGCAUGGCUGUGCUUCAUCUCUCUCACAUUGCCAUCAAAAAAGGCAUCUCUCUCGAGGAAGUGGCCAGAAAAUACAGUUUCAAGGACUGCAUUCCACGUUCCUUCUACCGCCAGAUCCAGCAGAACAACUACCUGACCAAGUUCCGCAUGAAGAAUGUGUUCAAGAAGUUUGUGCAGCGCUUCCAGCGGCACACGGUCAGCACUGGAAAGCUGACAGAGCAGGACAUCAUGUACAAGUACCUGGCUACCUUGGAGCACCUGGCACCCUGCUUUGGGAGUGAGCUUUUCUCCGUACUCUCCUUGGAGACCUCCUCUGAGGGGGAGAAGGUGCAGUUGUACAUCAAUGGAGGACAUUCACAGCCGGAGCAUGGGCACGUGCUGCUCCCCAAGGACCGGCCUGCUACCCAUGAAGUCCUUGUCACUGGCACAAAUGGUAUCCAGUGGCGGCCUGUGCCUGCUGAGAGCGUUGAGAACUUCUCCCAUCGUGGCUAUUUUGGGAGGAAGGCCAGAAACAAAGAAGUGGAGUCCAAGGUGCUGAAUCAGCCUGCGGAACGGAGCGAGCCAAAGUGGGUACAGUUCUGCGACUUUCGGGAGAUCACUCACAUCGUGAUCAAGGACUGCAGAGUCAGCAUCAACCGGCAGGACAACAAGUGCUUGGAGCUGGUUCUGCCGUCAUGUGAAAGCGCACUGUCCUUGGUGUCGCUCGUGGAUGGCUACUUCCGGCUCACAGCUGACUCCAGCCACUACUUGUGUCACGAAGUGGCACCACCACGGCUCGUGAUGAGCAUCCUGAAUGGCAUCCAUGGGCCCAUGCAGGAGGAGUUUGUCUUUGCCAAGCUGCGGCGAGAGGAGCACGAGGAGGGUCUGUACAUCAUCCGCUGGAGCGUUGUUGACUUCAACAGGAUGAUCCUGUCUGUGGUGAAAAGGAGCUACCAGCAGGGCUCUGGGGUGCAGGGUGCCCUCAAGUACCGGCAGUUCCGCAUCCAGAAGAAAGGCAGCUCCUUUGUGCUGGAGGGGUGGGACCGGGAGUUCUCCACCUUGCGGGAGCUCUUGGAUGUACUCAAGGGCUGCACACUCAAGUCUGGCGAUGAGAGCUUCACUGUGAAGAGGUGUUGUCCACCCAAACCAGGAGAGAUUUCAGACCUGCUAAUCACACGGAAGGUGAAGGAUAGCACAAAGCAGAUUCUCAGCCUGACCCAGCUCAGCUUCCACCAGAUCCGCAAGAACGAGAUCACCCAGCGAGCCCACCUGGGGCAGGGCACCCGCACUAACAUCUACGACGGGGUGCUGAACGUCUGCGGGACCGCUGGGGCUGAUGAUGAGGCUGAGUACUUCUCCACUGAGCAGAACAACAACAGCCGGGAGAUGCACGUGGUCCUCAAAGUCCUGGACCCCAGCCACAGAGACAUUGCCUUGGCAUUUUUUGAGACCGCCAGCCUGAUGAGCCAAGUGUCGCACGUCCACCUGGCUUUCGUGCACGGAGUCUGCGUGCGAGGCUCCGAGAAUAUCAUGGUGGAAGAGUUUGUGGAACAUGGUCCUCUGGAUGUGUUGCUGCGGAAGGAGAAAGGCCGAGUGACUGUGGGCUGGAAAAUCACCGUGGCCAAACAACUGGCCAGUGCCCUGAGCUACCUGGAGGACAAAAACCUGGUGCAUGGCAACGUGUGUGCGAAGAACAUCCUGUUGGCCAGAAAGGGCUUAGAAGACGGGUCACUGCCCUUUGUGAAACUCAGCGAUCCUGGAGUCAGUUUUACCGUGCUCUCUCGAGAAGAGCGCGUGGACCGGAUCCCAUGGAUCGCUCCAGAGUGCGUCCAGGACGUGGGAAACCUCAGCACUGCGGCUGACAAGUGGAGCUUUGGCACCACGCUGCUGGAGAUCUGCUUCGACGCGGAUGUCCCGCUCAAGGAGCGCACUCCUUCAGAGAAAGAGCGCUUCUAUGAGAAGAGGCAUCGCCUGCCCGAGCCCUCCUGCAAGGAGCUGGCCACCCUCAUCUGUCAGUGCCUGAACUACGCUCCUGGCGAGCGGCCCUCCUUCCGGACCAUUCUCCGGGACCUCACCCAGCUCCAGCCGCACAACCUUGUAGACAUCACCUCCGUGAACCCUGACUUCCCAGUGUCAGACCCCACAGUCUUUCAGAAACGCUACCUGAAAAAGAUCCGAGAGCUGGGGGAGGGUCAUUUUGGCAAGGUGAGCCUGUAUUGUUACGACCCCACUAACGACGGAACUGGGGAAAUGGUGGCUGUGAAGUCUCUCAAGUCUGGCUGCAGCCAGCAGCUUCUGACCAGCUGGAAGAGGGAGAUCGAGAUCCUCAAGACGCUCUACCACGAGAACAUCGUCAAGUACAAGGGCUGCUGCAGCGAGCAGGGGGAGAAGAUUGUGCAGCUGAUCAUGGAGUACGUGCCGCUGGGCAGCCUGCGAGACUACUUGCCCAAACACAAUGUCAGCCUGGCCCAUAUCCUGCUCUUUGCCCAGCAGAUCUGUGAGGGCAUGGCCUAUCUGCACUCCCUCCACUACAUCCACAGGGACCUUGCUGCCCGGAACGUGUUGCUGGAGAAUGAGAACGUGGUGAAGAUCGGAGACUUUGGCCUGGCCAAGGCCAUCCCUGAAGGCCAUGAGUACUACCGUGUCUGCGAGGAUGGAGACAGCCCUGUCUUCUGGUACGCCAUGGAGUGCCUCAAGGAGUGCAAGUUCUACUACGCGUCCGACGUCUGGUCCUUCGGGGUGACGCUCUACGAGCUCCUCACGCGCUGUGACUCCAGCCAGAGCCCUCCCGUGAAAUUCAUUGAGAUGAUUGGGGCGACUCAGGGGCAGAUGACGGUCCUGAGGCUGAUCGAGCUGCUGGACAGAGGGAAGAGGCUGCCCAGUCCGAAGGACUGUCCUUGCGAGAUCUACCGCCUGAUGAAAAACUGCUGGGAAGCUGAAGCGUCCUUCCGCCCGGCCUUCCACAACCUCGUCCCCAUCCUCAAGGCCUUCCACGAGAAGUACAGGGCUCAGGCCCCCUCCGUCUUCAGCGUCUGCUGAGUGGGAUGCUGCGAAACUCGCUGGAGGAAGGAGCGCAGCCGGGCCUGGGUGCCAGAGCAGAGGGACUCUGCAUGCACGAGCCCUGGGGUGGGGAUGACCUGCACGGAUGAACUGGGGAGCGCCGGGACCCGAUCGCCUGCCGCUGCCUGCUCUCCCUGCCUGUGCUGGGGCCUGGAGAGCUGCGUCCCCCAUCGGCCUCUCCUCGUCCAUAAAUUUCACGGAAGGAGCUGCAGAGGACAAGACUUCAGCUGCUGCUCCUGAGCUCCAGACCUGUUGCUUUGGCCUGGUUUUUUAGCUCUCCGGUCGCUGGGUGGAUUUCGGUGCAGGAAAAGAAUAUUCCGGUUGCUGCUGUGGAUGGUGAAGGCUGCAAGGAGAGGCAGCAGCUGGGGCAGAAACGCCUCCCCUGUGGGACUCUGAAACGCCGGACUGCGGCUGUGGAGUGGACGUUAAAGGAGGUGUUACGGGGACCCGGCUCCUGCGGAAAGAGCCGCUCUGUCCUCGGAGCCAGGCGGGCUUCACUGCGUCGCGGAGGGCUGCCAGGAGGAGGAGGAUGUGCCCGCAGCCCCUGGGGCAGCGGAGGUCCAUCAGACUGCGCGGAAAGGAGGACUGACGGACGCCGGCCUGCCCUGGGGACUUCUCCUGGCGAGCGACCGCUGUGCUUUCGCCUCCUGGUGCUGCUGGAAGCGCGGCGCCGGCUCCCCUGGUGCCUCCCGUCCUGUUCCCAUGGCCGCCCCGGGAGAGGGGAGGAGGGACGUGCCCGUCCCACGCGGCCCCUUCCCCCUGCCGCCCCUUCCCUGCUCGGCGCCAAGCCCGACACUGUGAAUGAGACCGCAGCGGCGAGCGGCGGGGAGAAUUUAUGGCCUUAAACCAAAUCCAGGCUGCGCGACUGGAACUGCCUCCUCUCCCUUCGCUUCGGCGCCGCUCGCCCGCCUGCGGGGUGGAGGUGCCGGCGUGGGAGCCGCGCGCGGCGGCUUUGCAGCCCCUUUCCGGGCCUGGCGGUGCCGUCCAGGCUCCGCGAGCCGCUCGCCUUCCUCACGGCCGUGCCUGGAUCCUGUUUCCUGCAGGAAGCGGGGCGGCCUUUCCCCUGCCUGGCUCCUUCCCGCGCCGGGGCAGGCGGCUUUUAGCAAAAUAAUUUGUCACUUUAUCGCA